AUGGGAAUUGGAAGUAACAAUAAGAUGUCUGGAUCAGAAACUGACGUGAGUUCUUUCUUUUUCUUUCUUUUUCUUUCUCUUUCUUUUUCUUUCUCUUUCUUUCUCUUUCUUUUUCUUUCUCUUUCUUUUUCUUUCUUUUUUUUUCUCUUUCUUUUUUUUCUUUCUUUCUUUCUCUUUCUUUUCUUUUUCUUUUUCUUCUUUUCUUUUUUUUUCUUUCUUUUUCUUUUCUUUUUCUUUCUUUUCUCUUUUCUCUUUCUUUUUUCUUUUUUCUUUCUCUUUCUUUUCUUUUUUUUUUCUUUCUUUCUCUUUCUUUUUUUCUCUUUCUCUUUCUUUCUCUUUCUCUUUCUUUUCUUUCUCUUUCUUUUUCUUUUUCUUUCUUUUUCUUUCUCUUUCUUUCUCUUUCUUUCUCUUUUCUUUCUCUUUCUUUCUCUUUCUCUUUCUUUUUUUUUUCUUUUUCUUUUUUUUCUUUCUUUUUCUUUCUUUUUCUUUCUCUUUCUUUCUUUUUCUUUUCUUUUUUUCUCUUUCUUUCCCACUGAUGUUCCUCAAUUUGCACAAGGGAAGUCUGAGAGACUCUCAGAUGGCGAUGCAGAUGACAAGGAUAGGAUCCAGUUUGAUACUGGCAGUCCUAAUCUCCAAAGUGAUACUGGUGGGUUUCAAGUUCCUUAUGUUGGUGCCACUGGUUAUAAUGACAAUUCGCCAUCACAACGUCGAAGAUUAUCUUCUGAUUUGGAGUCUGCCCGUCCAUCAUCUCUGGGAGAGGAGGAGUUACAAUUACAGUUAGCCUUGGCUAUGAGUAAAGAGGAACAUGAAGAAGAACUUAAAAAGCAAAAAAGUGAUGACAUAAAAUUAGCCAUGGCAAUAGAACAAAGUAAGAAAGAUUCGAGCGAUGAGGUUGACUCAUUUGAAACGGGACCAAUGAAUGCCAACCAUAAGAACAAUACAGAUCCAUGGGGUGUCCCCAUUCAAGAAACUACCACCAUCUCAGACCCUUGGUUAGCUGGUGGUGGUGGUGGUGCCAGUGCUGGCGCUGGAUGUUUAUCCUCACCCAGAUCUGCAGCAGCAGGAGGAACAGAGACCACGACGACAGCUAGUGCCUGGGAAUCACCUAUUACUCAAAAGUCAGCGUCCACUUUGAGAGCCCAAACCCCUGUCACUGACCCUUGGGGUGUACCUAUAAGCAGUCCAGAACGGUCCACUCCACAAUCAAUGUCUACACCUAGUUCUCAUCAGUCAGAUCCUUGGACUGUUAUCAACACAGGUUCACACCCGCAGUCUGCCACACCACAGAGUCCUUGGGGUUCUAGUGCAGCAACAGCAGCAACCCAAUCUCUCCCAUCUGUGUCCGAUGCCUUUGCUCCUCAAAUAUCACCUGCUGCUCCUGCAGCCACCAGUAAUGGGGUGACAAACAAUAGCAUUGAUGAGGCCUUUGAUAUGUUGAGUAAUCGCAAUACAACCACAUCCCCAGUACUUAGCACAGAGGACAGGACUGAGGUCUUAGAUGGUUUUGAUCCUCUGGCUGACCGAGGACGCACAGUUAGUGCUGGUGAAGGUAGUGGAAGUUCAAGUUCAGACCCUUGGCUCAUGUCUGGUGUUGGGAAAAAUUUACCAGAACAAGAUCAAGUAAAAAAGAAAACACCUAAAGAUUUUCUUGGUGAAAAUGCUUCAUUGGUCAACCUGGAUAAUUUAGUAUCAAAAACAUCACCCUCAUUACCAAAAGACAUGAAAACUGCCAGUGAUCCUAAUCAACUUAAAAAUGACAACAAAUACAGUCAUCUAUCCAGAACUUCACCAUGUAUAUUUGAAGCAGGUACAAAUCCAUUUACAGGAAGUGGCACAAAUCCCUUUGAACAGUCUACAACUAGAGUUCCUUUGAGACAGAUGCAGCAAACCCAGCAACAAGGAUUUACUCAAAUGAACAACUCUGAAAUGCUACCAAGACCUCUCAUUCCAUUGAACACUUCAUUGACUCCUCCAAUGCAACAACCAGCCCAACCCAGUAAUCCAUUUCUCUAA